AUGUCGAAUGAUAAUUCUAACUUACUAUACACGCGAAAGAGACCAUCUUUUGCGUCAGAAGUUAAAGAUGUUUUCCAAAAUUUCCCACAUUAUUCUCUUGAAUAUAUUAAAUCAAUUUUCCCUAUUAAAGAUUGGAUCGGAAGAUAUAAUUUAACAUGGUUUACCGGAGAUCUUAUCGCUGGUCUUACAGUGGGUGCUGUUAUAAUUCCCCAAGCAAUGGGCUUCGCGACUAUUAUUGGAAUUCCCGUUGAAUAUGGACUAUAUUCUUCUUUUGUCGGAAUGUUGAUUUAUUGCAUUUUCGCUACUGCCAAAGAUAUGACAAUUGGACCUACCGCAGUAAUGUCACUUAUUCUCGCUCAAAACAUACCAAAAAUUUUGGAAGAUUAUAGUGGCACAAUUAAAUACAGUAAAACGGAAGUUGCCACGUGUAUUUGUUUAUUCUCUGGGGUUUUUUCAUUAGUUAUUGGUUUUCUUCGUCUUGGAUGGGUAUUUAACUAUAUUCCAGGUCCAGUUAUUUCAGGCUACAUCACCGCUUCGGUUAUUACUAUUAGCAUUGGCCAACUUCCAAAUUUAUUUGGAAUCACAGGUGUUGAAACAAGAACAAACCCUCCAUAUAGGGUUCUCAUAGACUUUUUCGCAGCGAUUGGUAGAACAAAAAUUGACGCCGCAAUAGGACUUGUAUCUCUAGCAUUUCUUUAUGCAGUAAAAAUUGGGUGUUCAUACGGAGGAAAACGUUUUCCAAAAUACAAAAAAUUUUUGUUCUUUACUAGUAUCUUACGAUACAUAGUAUGUAUUCUUGUUACCACUUUGAUUGCUUGGUUACUCCUAAAAGAUAAAAAGGAAAAAGCAUUCCAAAUCAGGGUUGUAAAAACUGUACCUCGUGGAUUAAAACAUAUCAAAGUUCCACCUCUUGAAACUGAACUAGUUGGAUCUCGUUAUUACAUCUUAGUCAAUCCAAGCCAAGAAAUUAUUGCUAUCGGUAUUACGAAUGUUAUCGGUUGUUUUUUGGGUUCUGUUACUGCCACUGGUUCUUUUUCGCGUAGUGCACUCAAAUCUAAAACUGGUGUGAGAACUCCAUUUGCUGGUGUAUUUUCCGCCCUGUUUGUUCUUCUGGCACUUUAUGUGUUAACACCUGCUUUUUAUUAUAUCCCUCAAGCUGCACUAGCUGCCAUCAUCAUUCAAGCCGUAUUGGUUUUAUUAGUAUCACCUUCUUACAUCAAGAUGUUAUAUCAAGUCCAAAUUUGGGAUCUAGCUGUUUUUGCUGUGGCUAUCAUAGUUUCUAUGGUCAAUACUCUUGACAACGGUAUCCUCGCUUCAUGGGGAUUUGCGAUUCUUAUUAUUCUUAUUCGUAUUGGUCGACCACAUGUCGACGCACUAGGUCAACUUGUUCUUACAACUUUUGGUGGGAAAGAUAAUCCAAAACACGCAUAUGUACCACUUGACCAUCCUUCAUUCACCACAGUAGCAAAUCCACCUGAUGGAAUUAUAAUCUUUCGCUUUAAAGAAUCAAUUACUUUCCCGAAUGCUACUUUUAUUGAUGAUGCUAUUGUUGAUUAUGUUAGACUUAAUACACGUCGAAUGUACCAAAUGGCAGUUAAGAAAGGUGAUCAACCGUGGAAUGAAAAUUAUAAUCUUCCCCGAAAUGAAAAGUUGCCAGAAUUACGAGCAAUUAUAUUUGAUUGUUCAGCAGUUGCUUUAAUUGAUUCAAGUGGUCUACAGAGUUUACUUGAUGUCAAGAAAUCGGUGAAUAAACAUUCAGCACGUAAUGUUGAAUAUCACUUUGCAAAUAUCCUGGAAGAACAUGUUCAGAAUGCUUUGCUUAAUGCUGGAUUUGGUGUUCCGGAAACUUCACCUGAUCAAUUCUCACACAAAUCUGGAGCAAAUAUUGAAAUUAUUGAAGAAAACAAUGAAAAAAGAAUAGAUGAAGAAAAUAAUAUAAAUCAUAUACCAGCAGUAAUAUCUGUAACAUCCAAAAAACGAUUCUUCCAUUUUACGAUAGAAGAAGCUAUUUUGGCAGCUCAAAAUCCAUAA